AUUACAAGCUCUUGUCAGACAAAAUUCCAAGAGAUGUCCUUCCUGCAGAAAAUCAGCUCAAAUGUGAAGAACAUAAAACAGCUGGAGUAUUCAGCCCUGGCCGAACGGACAAACCAGAUCAGAGAAGAACUCAGACAGGGAGUGAGAAAGCCUUACGGGGAUGUGAUUGACGUCUCCUUUGGGGACCCCCACAGGGCAGGUUUGAAGCCUCUGUCGUUCGUCAGACAGGUACUCGCAGCAUGUCUUUACCCUCAGCUCAUGAACAGUGACAAACUGCCUGCGGAUGUCAGACACAGGGCUCAGAGACUGCUGGAGAGCUGUGUCGGAGAAAGUGUGGGUUCAUACACUGCUACAGCAGGCAUUCCAGAAAUAGUCCAAAGACUCUCAGAAUUCAUUACAAGACGGGAUGGUGGUGUUCCAUCUUACCCUGAGAACAUUUACAUCUCCCCAGGCUCCCAGUGGGCUCUCACGAACAUUUUGAAAAUCUUGGUGAAUACCGAUGGUCCAUCCAAGACAGGAGUGUUAAUUUCAGCGCCGUGCCACUCCAUCACCACUUUGUCAAUCUUGGGACUGGGAGCAGUACCAAUCCCGUACUAUCUUAAUGAAGAUGAGGGGUGGACUCUGCAGGUAGAGGAGCUGCAGCGAGCGCUGGAGUCUGCAAAGAAAUUCUGUAACCCCGUUGCUCUGUAUAUCAUCAACCCAGGAAAUCCAGCAGGUCCCCGCCACGUUCAAAGUACAAGUUCAAUGCAAGAGGUGAUCCGGUUUGUGUCGGAGAAGAGACUGUUCCUUCUGGCAGAUGAGGUCUACCAGGGCUGUGUUAACGGUGACAACAGCAAGUUUGUCUCCUACAAAAAGGUUCUGGCUGAGAUGGGGCCCCCUCUGUCAGACACAGUGGAGCUGGCCUCCUUUCACUCAGCAUCCAAAGGCUUCACAGGAGAGUGUGGUCUGCGUGGUGGAUACGUUGAACUUGUGAAUUUGGACCCGGUUGUUAUGAAGCACAUCCACACUCUAUUCACCACUGGUUCAUGUGCGCCUGUGUUGGGUCAGAUUGCUCUGGAUUUGAUGACAAACCCUCCAAAACCACAAGAACCCUCAUACCCUCUAUAUCACCAGGAAGUUCAACACAUGAGAACCACAUUGGCUGAAAAUGGGAAGAAGGCCUGCGAGGUUCUCAACAGCCUGCCAGGUUUCAGCUGCCAACCAGUGGAAGGAGGAAUGUUUGCAUUCCCCAGAGUGUUUCUCCCCCCUAGAGCCAUCCAGAGAGCAAAGGAAACAGGAAUGCAACCAGACACAUUUUACUGUAUGCGGCUGCUGGAGGAGGCCGGGGUGUUGUCCAUGCCUGGAUGCGACUUUGGACAAAAGGAGGGCACCUACCACAUCAGAUUGUGCAUUGUGAUCCAUAAGGACAUCAUGGAAAAUUUACUGAGGCACCUGGCUAACUUUCAUCAAAAGUUCAUGAUGGAUUUUUGCUAA